AAUUUUUUCCAAAACUUUAUUAUUUUCAUUAUUAGUGUUUGUGUCAAACGAAUAGCAUAUUAUAAUUAUAAAUAGUGUUUGCGCGGCAACAACAAAGAGCGCGUCUAAAAAAAGCAUUGGAUCCAGGAACGAGCAUGAAAAUGAAACGUGAAAAUAAUGAUGCCGAUGGACCACAGGAUCCGAAACGCAAUCGACGCAAUGAGGAAACUGUGCGCAUACUAAUCCCCAGCAGUAUUGCCGGCGCUGUUAUUGGCAAGGGCGGUCAACACAUACAGAAGAUGCGCACUCAGUAUAAAGCUACUGUGUCUGUGGACGAUUCCCAAGGCCCCGAACGCACUAUACAAAUCAGCGCUGAUAUAGAAUCCACGCUGGAGAUUAUUACGGAAAUGCUGAAAUACUUUGAAGAGCGCGAUGAGGAAUUCGAUGUGCGCUUGUUAAUACAUCAAAGUUUGGCCGGCUGUGUCAUUGGCAAGGGUGGACAAAAGAUCAAGGAGAUACGUGAUCGCAUUGGCUGCCGCUUUCUGAAGGUUUUCUCCAAUGUCGCGCCACAGAGCACGGAUCGCGUGGUGCAAACUGUGGGCAAGCAGAGCCAGGUCAUCGAUGCAGUGCGUGAGGUCAUAACGCUAACGCGUGAUACGCCCAUCAAGGGGCCCAUACACAACUAUGAUCCCAUGAACUUUGAUCGCGUCUAUGCGGAUGAGUAUGGCGGCUAUGGCACUGGCACAGGCAGCACACGUCCCAGCCAGCGUGGUGGUGGUGGUGGCGGCGGCGGCAAUAAUAAUCGCAAUGGUGGCGGCGGAGGAGGUGGUGCUGGUAAUCGCGGCGGCGGCAGCAAUGAGCGCUUUGGUGGACGCGGUGGUCACAACGGCGGCGGCAAUAACAACGCAGGCGGCGGUGGUGCUGGCCUAGGCGGCAUGGGUGGCGGACCACGCGAUAAUCCGUUUAUAAAUCCUUGGGCUAAUGGCGGCGGCGGCGAUGGUGACAACUUUGGCGUUGGCAACAAUAGCGGCGGCUUUGGUGGCAACAACUUUGGCGGCGGUCCCUUCGGUGGUGGCGGCUUUGGUGGCAACAAUGGCUUCGGCGGCGGACCCAACGAUUUCGGUGGCAAUAAUCAGCUUGGCGGCGGCGGCAACGGCACCAGCAGCUUGCCCAGCUUAGGCAACUUUGGUCAGAGCCAGGGCAACAACAAUGGCGGCGCCUUUGGUGCGGGCAACAAUAGUUUAGGCAAUGGUCUAGGCGCUGGCUUCAAUGCGGGCAACAAUAGCCUGGUCAAUGGGCUGGGUGCGGUGAACAAUGGCGGCGUGGGUGGACUAGGUGCAAAUGGUGGCUUCACGCCCGUGGGCGGCAAUGCGGGCACAAACAACAGCUCGACGCCCAGCAACAUACCGCAGGGUCAUGAUCCCAACAACAGCACACAGGUGACCAUACCAAAGGAUUUGGCUGGCGCUAUUAUUGGCAAGGGCGGCGGACGCAUACGCCGCAUACGCAACGAGUCGAGCGCGUAUAUCACCAUAGAUGAGCCGCUGCCUGGUUCGAAUGAUCGCAUUAUAACCAUAUCGGGCACGCCGAAGCAAAUACAAAUGGCCCAGUAUCUGCUGCAACAGAGGUUGGUGUCGCAAAAAGACUAAAAGUAUGCACAACUCCUUUCAUAUGCUCGAAU